GACAGCCAGAAUAAUAAUAAUAACAACAAAUUUGAUCUCCAAGGAUUUGUGUAAACCAAUAGAAGUGGCCGCUCAGUAUUCAUCUCUAUCUGAUGACGAAAGAUGUAAAUGGGUACUAUCAGUGAUUCUGAUGAGUCAAUGGUUUCGGAAUUAUAAAAGAUAUGAAAGAUAUGUAAGAAACGAAUUAGUAGCAGACAUUGAGUGGUCUUCAUAUCCAACUAAAGAAGAAUUAAUGAGGGUGUGGGAUUUCGAUGAAGAUGAUGCAGAAAAUUUAUACAAUCCAUUCCAGGAUGAGGACUUCAAUCGAUCACUUGAUAAUCGCUUAGGAAAAUUAAUAUAUGAGGAAAGGUAUAUCGAUCCAGAGGAAAUGAUGUUUGAUAAAACAAGGUAUAGUAAAACUAAUAAUGUCGAAGUUAAUUCAGAAGUAAAAGUCAAUCAAUCUGAUGAAGGAGUUUGGACGGGAGCAAAAUUUAAUAUUGAUGUUGACAAAGAAAGAAAACAAAUACUGGAUUUGGUUAAACAAUAUCGGAAGAAGAAUGAGAAGAGGAAGCAGAUGUUUGAGAAAAUAAAGACAGAAGAAUGAUGAUUGAUGCCGAUCUGGUUGAAGAGUCUAUUUAUUUGUUUCAAUCUGAAGAAGAGGAAAGUUAACAACUCCAAUAUAUAUUAGUAUAUCAAUCUUGUUGCUUUUUAUCAUUCCCUUUUCCAUCGAUAUUUUGGUUGCGGGGUAUUUGUAUUAAUAUGCUUUUGUGUAUGUUAAAUUGACAUUUUUAUUUUAAUAUAUUUGGAGACAAUUAUAGUCGUAUGCUUUUAUGUGUUAAGAUUUUUAAUUUA